UCCCAGGAGCCAUGUUACCAGAAGUUCUGCUGGUGUCUGCUCCAGGGAAAGUCAUCCUUCAUGGAGAACAUGCAGUGGUCCAUGGCAAGGUAGCUCUGGCUGUGGCCUUGAACUUGAGAACAUUCCUCCGGCUUCAACCCCACAGCGAUGGGAAAGUGGCCCUCAACUUACCAAACAUUGGCGUCAUGCGGACCUGGGAUGUGGCCAGGCUUCAGGUGCUGGAUACAAGCUUUCUGGAACAAGGUGACGUCACACCACCCACCCCAGAGCAAGUGGAGAAGCUGAAGGAGGUGGCAGGCAUCCCUGAGGACUGCGCCGCCCCCGAACACCUGUCUGUGCUGGCCUUCCUCUACUUAUACCUGGCCAUCUGCCAGAAGCAGAGGGCCCUGCCAAGCCUGGACAUCACUGUGUGGUCGGAGCUGCCCCCCGGCGCCGGCUUGGGCUCCAGUGCCGCCUAUUCGGUGUGUCUGGCAGCUGCCCUCCUGACCGCCUGUGAGGAGAUCCCAAACCCGCAGAGGGAUGGGGCCCCCAACAGCAGGUGGAUGGAGGAGGACUUGGAACUGAUUAACAAAUGGGCCUUCCAGGGGGAGAGGGUGAUUCACGGGAACCCCUCCGGAGUAGACAAUGCCAUUAGCACCUGGGGAGGGGCGCUCCGAUACCAGCAAGGGAAGAUCUCGUCCUUAAAGAGGCCACCAGUUCUCCAGAUCCUGCUGACCAACACCAAAGUUCCUCGCAGUACCAAGGCCCUUGUGGCCAGCGUCAGGAACAGGCUGAUCAAGUUUCCAGAGAUCAUGGCCCCACUCCUGACCUCAAUAGACGCCAUCUCCGUGGAGUGCGAGCGCGUGCUGGGAGAGAUGGUGGCGGCCCCAGCCCCGGAGCAGUACCUCGUGCUGGAAGAGCUCAUUGACAUGAACCAGCACCACCUGAAUGCCCUUGGCGUGGGCCACGCUGCUCUGGACCGACUCUGCCAGGUGACCAUGGCCCAUGGACUGCACAGCAAGCUUACAGGCGCAGGCGGCGGUGGCUGUGGCAUCACACUCCUCAAGCCAGGUCUGGAGCGGCCGGAGGUAGAGGCCACGAAGCAGGCCCUGAGCAGCUGUGGCUUCGACUGCUGGGAAACCAGCAUCGGCGCACCCGGAGUCUCCGUACACUCAGCCACCUCCCUUGACGGCCACGUCUGGCAAGCCUUGGAUGGCCUCUGAGAUGAGCCCUGCACUAUGGCCCACAGAGAAGCCCCUCGCGGGCUUAUUCUGAGGACUGGAGUUGGCCUCUGUUCUGGCCAGCAGUGCCCAGCUCCCAACAUUGACAGGCCCCUCAGCCCCUGGAAUGUGUUUCCUGCUGGCCAUACUCCUGCAGUCCCUGCGGUGGACCCCAGGGAUACACAUCUGUGCUCUGCACUCUCUAGGCAGCUGGGCAGUGGGUCAAGUGGUCCUCAGGUGUGAGGGGCCUCUUCCUGUCUUCCCCAAGGUGCCCGGGGAUGCAUCUGCUUUGGGUCCCUGCCUUUGCCUGUGGGCUCCCCGACAACCUUGGCUGUGCUGAGACUUCUGUCUUUCUCCCUCUGCCUAGACACCUGCCCUGUCUCUCAGCACUACACGGCCCCCCUCCUCCUCCAGGAAGCCUUCCCUGACUAGCAGGCUGACCCUUGUCCUGCCUCCCUCCCGGUGCACCUGCCACCGGGAUCCUUCAUUUUUCACAGCCUCCCAUCGGUCCAGCCAGAUGGGGCUCCUGGGGACUGACCAGGAGGUGGGCCUGCCUUCUGCGCCCUGGCCUGAGUCCCGGCAGAGCGAAGGCCAGGCCGACCUGCUGUCAUCCGUACCCAAGGGGUCUGCGGGCAGGGUGGCACAGAGGGAAUAAAAAGUUCCGAGCACACAAGUGCUCCACCCGUC